UCACUUCGUUUGUACUAAAGACCUAGCUCGGCUGCCUCACUUGUCUCAAACCCUAGCCGCGUUGCCGCAACUCCAGGAGCAGAGAAACCCUAGAACUCUCCUUCUCCCAAGAUGGGUAUUUCCCGAGAUUCCAUGCACAAGAGACGUGCCACUGGAGGCAAGAAGAAGGCAUGGAGGAAGAAGAGAAAGUAUGAGCUUGGAAGGCAACCUGCAAACACAAAGUUGUCAAGCAACAAGACAGUGAGGAGAAUCAGAGUUCGAGGUGGGAAUGUGAAGUGGCGUGCUCUGAGGCUCGACACAGGAAAUUUCUCAUGGGGUAGUGAGGCUGUGACCCGCAAAACCCGUCUUCUUGAUGUCGUGUACAAUGCAUCUAACAAUGAGCUGGUCCGUACUCAAACUUUGGUGAAGGGUGCCAUUGUUCAGGUUGAUGCAGCACCAUUCAAGCAGUGGUAUCUCCAGCACUAUGGAGUUGAAAUUGGCCGCAAGAAGAAAACUGCAGCUGCUGCCAAGAAAGAAGGAGAGGAAGGUGAUGCUGCUGCUGCUCCUGCUGCCAUCGCUGAGGAGGUGAAGAAGAGCAACCAUGUAGUAAGAAAGUUGGAGAAGCGUCAACAGAGUCGCACCCUUGACCAGCAUAUUGAAGAGCAAUUUGGUGGUGGUCGUCUGUUGGCUUGUAUCUCAUCACGACCUGGACAGUGUGGCCGUUCUGAUGGAUAUAUAUUGGAGGGCAAAGAGCUGGAAUUUUACAUGAAGAAGCUCCAGAGGAAGAAGGGGAAGGGUGCUGCUGCUUAGAAUUUUGUUACCAGAACUUUAGUCAUUUAGACUCAGAAUAUGUUAUUUCCUUCAUCCUUUCCUACCUUUUGAGGGGUUGCACUUUAUUUCGGUUUGAUGUUGAACUGGUAAACACUGUUUCAAUGGUUGAAUGUUUAAUCAGCAAUUAUAUUUCAUUUUGGAUCUUUCCCUUUCA